CCCCUGGGCUCCAGACAAAAGAAUACACAACAGUGACGUCUAACAGGAGUCUUUUGUACAUUCUCUCACACAAACACACUGACACACACACACACAUAUUUAAAGUGAUCCUGAAGGAGGGGGCUGUCUGUUUGAAGCUCGCAACAUGUGCAAACUGAUGUCUCGGACUAUGACGAACAGCAACUCCCCCACAUUUUAACUCUGACCUCAAGGAUUUUCAGUGUAACAGUGCGUGAGAGAGACAGGGGGGACUACAGAACGAAGCAGAGGGAGGUGGGCAACUGGACUUCUUGUUCGAGCCAGGCAGCGGGGGCUCUUCUGGUUGAGAGACAGUCUUGGUAAGCUUAAACAAAGCCACUAACGAGUCACUCCCUAGCAACGCUGUGUGGAGAACAAAUGCAUUCUUGCCGUCAAAACUCUUCUGAAGGCAAUGUGAAGUGACUGAAGAGAAAAGAAAGGGGGGGAAAAAAAUAUAGUGCCUAAACAGAGAAGCCAGAUGCACAUGCAGAAGUCAGACCAUUGCAUUAAGCAAAGCACUGAAGAAAAGGAAAGGGGAAGAUAAAGUACAAAGGGAAAAACGGAGAUGCCAGAGUCAAGCUGCAGCCUGCCGGAGCCAGUGGAAUGGACCAAGGUGCCAGUUGGAUUAAUCCCAGCGUAUCCGCAGUGCUGUCUGAGGAGGAGGGCUGAAACUCCUGAAUGAGGAUGAAUGGAGAUGUUCUUUAGCUAAAUCUCAAGAAAAACUCUGGCCAAAAUCACCUCUGAGCUGCGACAACACAAGCGAACAGCUGGAGGUGGAGGUGGUGGUGGCGGAGGAGAGGAGCCAGGGGGCCCAGAGCACUGCUGGUGCUACAGCCCCAGAGGAGAGGGACGGGAGCGGGCAGGACACUGAGGAGGAACAGGGUCCGGAGGAGGGACACGAGGGAGGGGGCGAGGUGGCGGGUGUUCGGCGUCGCAUGGCCGUGCAGAGGCUGGUGGUGGCGGCAGUGGCAGUAGCCCUGCUGUCCCUGGUCCUAAAUAAUGUUGCUGCCUUCACCCCCAGCUGGGUCCUGCAAGCCCUGGAGGAUGGACGCAAGCGGAGUGUAGGACUGUGGAGAAUGUGCCCCACUGGUGGGGAAAGGGGCCGUGAUGACAUGCAGGCCGGGAGAAGGGGGCAGGGGACUCAGAGGCAGUGUGAGGGCCUUGGAUGGGGCUCUGAGUAUGCAGGCUAUCAAGAGUCCCGCAGCACUGUCAAAUUGCAGUUUGACAUGAUGCGAGCGUGUAACCUGAUGGCGACGGUGGCCCUGACAGCCGGUCAGCUGAUCUUCCUCCUAGGCCUGAUGGAGUUGCCUUUCAUCACGCAGGAAUCACAGUGGUGGGAGGAAGCCAUCGCUGCACUCUUCCAGUUAGCCAGUUUUGUGCUUGUGAUCGGACUUGUGACCUUCUACAGGAUCGGACCCUAUACACACCUGUCCUACUCCUGCUACCUGGACAUAGCCGCCUGCCUGCUGGCCACGUUGGCUGCGGCCAUGCUUAUCUGGAACAUUUUACACCGCCGUGAUGACUGCCUCGCGCCUCGAGUUAUAAUCAUCAGUCGCUCCUUGGCGUCACCUUUCCAUCCGCGUCUAGACAAUGACUACGUGGAGUCGCCUUGUUGACCCACGUGACCUCACAACGCCAAGUAAAUAAGGAGUAACAGACUGCACUAACAAGACUAUUACUUCAACUUGUGACUCAAGAGAAGAUGGCAUCCCUGUGUCUCUACAGUGGCUGGACUAACAUGUGCCUAGAAUUGGAAAACUCCACAGUUCACAAGUAUUCCCACCAUAAAAGAAAAAAGAUAUAUAUGAGAAUUAUUUUGCUGCACAAAAGUCUCAGAUUUAAGAUUUAAAGUAUAAAGCAGGACUAACAUUCCUAACAUAUUCCAAUUGUGUAUGAUGUUUCAUUUAUUCAUGCUUGGCUGAGCUACAUGGAAGCUAAACCUAGAAUUUGGACUGGGACUGUCUCAUGAAGCAUCCUUCUUGUGAAAAGAUCAAGCUGGAACUUGACCUAUUUUGUUAUAUGUGCACUUAUUAAAUGGCCUCCUGUAUAAUUAUUAAUUGGAAAAUUAUGAAAUAUGUUGAAAAUACCAGAAUACCUCAUAUUUGUUUUUGUCCUUUUAAAGCUUAUAACGAUUCAAAUACAUAUUGAUUUCAAUGAUAUAUGUUGCAAGUAAGUAGGUAAACUAACAAGGUAAAAGCAGAAGAGUGAGUGAACCAAAGCUAAACUUUUCAUUGGUCUUAUCCAAAUCAGUGGCAAUAUUUAUUUUUAAAAGUUACUGGGAGGUCAUAUUUUGAUCAAACAAACUCGAAGAAUUCAGGGAAUACUCUCACUCUGAGACAGACACAUAUUUUUCCUCUUCAAAAAGAGAAAAUAAAAAAUGAAUUGCUACUUAACGUAUGUGACUUGAUUUAAAGUUUUUAAGCAGGAUUUGUUAAACUGAAGGCAACAAAUGUUCUGGUGAUGUACUGCAUUUUGAUAUGACACACACUACUCAUGUUCAUUUUUCAUGAUGCUUUACAUGAAACUGCUCGCUUGUGGUACAUACUGUAUACGUAAAAUAAUAUAAUAUAGUUGUGUAAAGAAUAGUACUAUCUUUAGUAGUAGUAGUAUUGUGACCAUAUCAUACUUCUGCAAAGAACUCCAGGCUAUCUGUGGGUCUUCCACAUUGCCAAACAUAGGGGCACAUUAAAGUAAUAAUAUAUCAUAUAAAUUCAAUAAAUCUAUUGGUAAAUAUCCAAA